AUGACUUCUUCAGUGGAUUGAUUAUGAUGAAUCACGUACCCUCAGGACUUUUUCACUUAUGAUGACCAGCGACUGCGAUGUUUGUAGGCAUGCCUGUAGGUUGAGUUGCGGGGUCAUGAGUCAUGGGGAAUCACAAAAUAUCUGAAACACUGUCCACUUAAAAAAUGUCACUGAAUUGGCACAUUUUAUCAGUGGUGGCUGCUUAUGUAUUUUGACAAGCAACACUGUAAAGUUAUGUUCUGUUGAAACAGUAUGUUUCACUAAAGGCCUUUAGGAUGAAAACAUAACGUUGCAUCUAUAUAUGUCACAUUCCUAAGUGGUUUAUUAGUGGAAAACAUGCUUACAAAAUCCUUCCAGUAGGCCUGCUGGGACACGACCAGAACUGUGGUCCCUGAGGGCCUGAACAUUGCUUACUCACAAUCAUCCAAAGACCCCUCUCAGCGAACAGAGCAGGUAUAUAAGCCACAGAGGAAAAAACGCCCUCCACAAUCCGCAAGGAAAAUAUCCAAGAGAAUAUCCACAAAGUUACGACUGAGGAAAUGGAGUUCAGGGCUUUGCUUCUGCUGAGCCUCCUGGGAUUCUUGUUUGUGGAACCAGGGUUUGGACAGAGAGGUGACAUGGACAUUAAUCAGUGGAUGGAAAGUAAAGAGAAACUGAUUAAGAAUUUGCAGGACAAAGUGAAAGAUGUAGAAAGACAGCAGGAUGAUGUUGAGGCACUGGAGGCCAGGCUCAAUGCGACUGUAGACGAGCUGAAGAGACAGAAAGCUGAAAUGGACACAAUGAAGAAAGAGAAUGAAGGCUUGAAAACAAGACUGAAUGCCUCAGAGAGGGAGAUUGAGAAGCUGAAACAGAGUAUUGGUAAUGCUGCUCCUCAGGUCGCGUUCUCUGCCUCCUUGGCAAAUUCUGGUGAGAUUUACAGAGGCCCCUGCACAGACAAGACUCUGGUUUUUAAAAGGAUCUUCUCAAACACUGGCAACGCUUACAAUGAAAAUACAGGAAUCUUCACAGCGCCACUGAAUGGUCUCUACUACUUUAGCUUCAGUACCUACGGCUACAACUCUCAUGUAAUGGGGGCCAUAUUAAUGAAGAAUGCUGUGCAUCAAAUUUCAACCUAUGAUGCCCCCACAGCAGAUGGCUCGGACACUAGCAGUAAUGCUGUUGUUCUGCAACUGGCUGCUGGUGACAAGGUGCACAUGGAGCUGUGGGAUAACGGCAGAGUGUUUGAUAACCUGAAUGGACACACAACCUUCAGUGGUUUUCUCCUCUUCCCAAUGUAGCUGAUAAGAUGCAAUGUAUUUACAUUGUGGCUCUAACCUGAAACUAUAAUGAUUAAAACAAACAAACAACUCAUUUUAGGUUAAUUUUAUUGAAAGCACAUAUUUGUGAGC